UCAAAGUCUCAAACCCUUACUCUCUUACUCUUCUCUGCUUUCACCACGCCAUAACCAAUCUACAAAAUACACUCAUAACGAAAACGACAUCUACUCUCGUCCUACUCUUUCCACAUUCCCAUCCCAUUCACAAUUUGUAAAUAAUUUGACGCAAUUCAAACAUCGCCUCUGCUCCCACAAAAUGGUCGCCGGAAAAGUCAAAACGGCGAUGGGACUGCAGAAAUCGCCUGCUCGGGCGAAGGCUAAGCCCGACGCCUCGCCAAAACCGCCGGGAUCCGGCAAGCAGAAAGGCUCCGGCAACGGCUUCUCCCGCUCGUUCGGCGCCUACUUCCCGCGCUCCUCCGCGCAGGUCCAGCCGCGGCCACCGGACGUCUCGGAACUCAUCCGAUUGGUCGAGGAUCUGCGCGAGAGCGAGUCGCGCCUCAAGACGGAGCUCCUCGAGCACAAGCUGCUCAAGGAGUCCGUCGCGAUCCUGCCGAUGCUGGAGACCGAGAUUUCGAACAAGGAUUCUGAAAUUGAGCGGUUUAGGAAGAAGAUCGAGUGGCUGGAGGUGGAGAAUGAGCGCCUCAGGAAUGAGAACGAGUUUCUGCACAUCGAAUUGACCCACCAGAAUCACAAAUACGAAGAGAACAUCAAAUACAUGCAGGCCGAAUUGCGCGAUAUUAAACGAGCUGUCGCCGAGCACGAGGAAACGACGCCGUCUUCUUCUUCUCCGCCGAAGCUCGCUCAUGUCACCAAUAAUUACCACAAAUCCAAUUUCUCUGCCAAGGUUUUGCGAAAAUGCGUCACGCAGAGUAACAUUGCCUCCAAUUUCUGCGAUUCUGUCGCGAGCCUGAAGAAGGACAACACGGCGGAGAAGGACGACCGGCCUCGGAGUUCCCGCUUCGAUUCCGAGGAGAUUCCCGGAACUUCCGAACCGUUGAUCGCGAUUCGAUCCCGCGCGCCGCGGGUUCCGAAGCCGCCGCCGCUGCCGUCGUCGUCUCAGUCUUCAUCCGCCUCUCUUUCUGAUUCAGCUGACCGCGCAUUGGCGGAGAUUUCCAACAUUCCGCCGCCUCCGGCGAAAUCCAAGGUGUCUGCGCCGCCUCCUCCGCCACCGCCUCCGGCGAAAUCCAAGGUGGCUGCGCCGCCUGCUCCUCCGCCACCACCUCCGAAGGGGGGUAAAUCGAAGGUCAGGAGAGUUCCGGAGGUUGUUGAGUUUUACCACUCGCUGAUGCGGAGGGAUUCGAGCUUCAGACGCGAUUCCAGUGCCUCCUCCGAUGGGAUAUUGGCCGGAGCUGCGGCCAAGGAUAUGAUUGGAGAAAUUGAGAAUCGCUCUUCACAUUUACUUGCGAUCAAGACAGAUGUGGAGACCCAAGGAGAUUUCAUUAGUUUCUUGAUCAAAGAAGUUCAAAAUGCUGCCUUCACUGACAUUGAAGAUGUCGUCCCGUUUGUUAAAUGGCUUGAUGAUGAGCUCUCGCAUCUGGUUGAUGAGAGAGCUGUGCUGAAGCACUUCAACUGGCCGGAGCAGAAGGCUGAUGCACUGAGAGAAGCUGCUUUUGGCUACUCUGAUCUGAAGAAGCUGGAGUCUGAAGUUUUGUCGUUUCGCGAUGAUUCUAGGCUGCAUUGUGCUCCCGCUCUCAAGAAAAUGCAGUCCCUCUUUGACAAAUUGGAGCACAGUGUUUACAAUUUGUCGAGGUUGAGAGAAGUGGCUACUAAUAGGUACAAACUUCACCAUAUUCCGAUGGAUUGGAUGCUUGAAACCGGCUUUGUGAGUCAGAUAAAGCUGGCAUCAGUGAAAUUGGCAAUGAAGUACAUGAAGAGAGUAACGGCAGAGCUGGGAAUGGUAGCCGGCGGUCCUGAAGAAGAGGAUCUCAUAGUCCAAGGCGUCAAGUUCGCCUUUCGAGUUCAUCAGUUUGCUGGGGGUUUCGACGCGGAGACCAUGAAGGCGUUUCAAGAACUGAGGGACAAGUUUCAGUUGUGCCAAAAUCAACACCAACGGAAAUUUAUUUGUUGAUUCUGUAGCAAACUCAGCUUCAGAAAAUGGCUUAUUUUUUGUUGUAUAGAGUUCAAAUAUGGGAUAUAUGCAGAUUUGUUGUUAAUACAGUUGGGCUUAACUUGCGGCCCAAAUAUAUUUAUUUAUUUGAAAAUAAAUGAAAAUUUCACAAUGAACUGAGCAA